GCAUACUUGAAAAGUGAACCUAGUGCCAACAUGACCGAAGAUGAUGAAGACAGUGGGAAUAAAACAGCCGAUUCUUCGGAUGAUAAGCCACUAUACAACCGCGCAACUGAAACUUUUCUUUCACACUCCAGACUUUCUGGAGUCAAAGGCUUAUCAGACCACACGAUUCAAAUUCCCCAACAAAAGUUCUCAAUGCAUUUUCGCCAUACAUCUGGACUAGAAAUAUCAUCGAAACAGCCUCGACGACGGGUCUUGCUAAAGAAGAGGACUGAAUGUGACUUCGCUUCUAAAGUACCGGCAGCAGCAGAUCUUGACAGAGACCCAAACCCUUCUGUUGAUCAGUUGAAUUGUCAAUUUGACACUAUCAAGUCUACAUCUCGAUCUCCAAUACGAAUUUUACGCUCUCGGCGGAUUCUGGAGGCUGAAAUAAUGCGUCUUGGUAGUGUUGCUAGACGUGUCUCUGUAGUAGCAGAGUCAAGACAACGGAGGCUUGAAUUCACACUGGCCAAGUUACAACAGGCUGAGGCAGAAACGGACCGAUUACGCAAGUUAGUGGUUCUCCUAAUUAUCUGGAAUCUGAAGAUAGUUUAA